AUGGCUUCACGUCGACGUGGUGUUGGAGUUGCGGCGGUUCAACGGAAGCAAGAAACUCAGGCGAAAUUCAAUGCCAAGGGUGAACAAAUGGCGAGUGAGCAGCUACAGAUGUUUUCAAAGCAAUUGGAAGAAUUCACAAUGAGGCUGGAGCAAUUUGCCCACCGUCAUCGUGACGAAAUUCGAAAGAACUCGCAAUUUCGACGUCAUUUUCAGGAGAUGUGUGCUAGCGUUGGCGUCGAUCCGCUUGCUUCUGGAAAAGGAUUUUGGGCAGAGAAACUUGGGGUUGGAGACUUCUACUAUGAACUUGCUGUUCAGAUAGUGGAGGUUUGUUUAUCAACGAACCAUAUAAACGGCGGAAUAAUGACAGUAGAAGAAAUAAGGAAUCGCUUGAUGCGCAGCAGAUCUCGCACAAGAAAGGAAACUAUUACAACAGAUGACAUACUGCGUUCUGUUGACAAGCUGAAGGUGUUAGGUGGCGGAUUUGAGCUAGUUCCGUUAGGCGGCGGGCGUUUUCUUGUGCAGUCUGUUCCUGGCGAACUAAGUAUGGAUCACUCUCGUGUUCUCCAACUUGCAGAAGAUGCUGCUUAUGUCACAAAGGAGUUGAUUAUUGAUAGAUUGAGAUGGGAUGAACCGCGAGCACAAGCGGUGCUGGAUCAUCUUGUUAAAGAAGGCUUGGCAUGGGUGGAUGAGCAAGCAACAGAUACAAUGUCUGCCACUCGCAUUCGCCCAGAGUACACUGGUCCGCCAGAGUUGUACUACAACGAAUCUGAAGCUUCCAAGUAUGCCUCCAAUUCGCACAUUAUCAAGAUACAAACAGAAAUGGCUGAGCGCGCCUUGGAACUGCUUGCUUUACCUGAAGAGAAAUCGGCUUUUCUACUUGAUAUUGGUUCUGGGACUGGUAUCAGCGGCGGAGUGCUCGCAAAUUACGGUCAUUCUUGGGUAGGGCUCGACGUAAGCAGACCUAUGCUUAAACUAGCAAGCGAAGACGAUCAAGACAGAGAGAACUUGGGUGAUUUUGUUUGGACAGACAUGGGCACGGGCUUACCGUUUCGGCCCGGAACGUUUGACGGAGCUAUCAGUAUAUCAGCAGUGCAAUGGUUGUGCCAUGCGAAUACCAAACAUCAGAAUCCAAAACGACGGCUACAUCGGUUUUUCCAAACACUCUAUGGUUGCCUUGAUAGAGGGACGCGAGCGGUCUUCCAGUUCUAUCCAGAAAAUGAACACCAAUCCGCCUUAAUAAUGUCUCAAGCAAUCAAAGCUGGAUUUAAUGGUGGUCUGGUUGUCGACUACCCGAACAGCGCGAAAGCGAAAAAAGUUUAUUUGGUGUUGAUGACUGGAGGAAUCGCGCAAUUGCCCAAGGCGCUCACAGGUGAAGAAUCGAUGGAACACCAGACUCACGUUGAGAAUACCGGAAGGGUGUUUGCAGUGAUACGAAAACAUGAGAAAAAGCCGUCCAAAGGCACAAAAGAGUGGAUCAAUAAGAAAAGAGAGCGAAUGCUCAAGCAGGGGAGAACCGUACGACACGAGUCGAAGUACUCCGGAAGAAAGAGGAAGCAGAAAUUCUAG